AUGCCUCCCAAGUUUGACCCCAAUGAGGUCAAGGUCAUCCACCUCCGUGCCACCGGAGGUGAGGUCGGCGCCUCUUCUGCCCUUGCGCCGAAGAUUGGUCCCCUCGGUCUCUCCCCCAAGAAGGUCGGAGAAGAUAUUGCCAAGGCCACUGGCGACUGGAAAGGCUUGCGCGUGACUGUCAAGCUCACUAUUCAGAACCGUCAGGCUGCGGUUUCCGUUGUGCCUACUGCUUCUUCCCUGAUCAUCCGCGCCCUGAAGGAGCCUCCUCGUGACCGCAAGAAGGAGAAGAACAUCAAGCAUAACAAGUCUGUCGCUCUUGAUGAGAUUAUCGAGAUCGCUCGCACUAUGCGCUACAAGUCUUUCUCGAAGGAGCUCAAGGGCACAGUCAAGGAGAUUCUUGGUACUGCUUACAGUGUUGGCUGCCGUGUCGACGGCAAGCCUCCCAAGGUCAUCAUCGAGGCAAUUGACAACGGCGAGAUCGACAUUCCUGAAGAGUAA